AUGUCGUUCUAUUUCGCCCUAGUCGGCCUGCUCCUCCUUGCUUUCAGUCCUCGGGCGGUGCUGGCGACUUUCGACUUCGUCGACUACCCGUCCGUCGCGCUCCAGUGUGUUCCUUACACCGUCGACUUCACUGGCCUGCAAUCGGAUGUAGCGUUUCCCCUCAAGCUCACCGUCGUUCCUUUCAAUUCAACACCCCUCUCCAUUUCCAUUCCCGACUCUGCCUGGAAUGCCACCUCCAACGUCGGCCGUGCUGUCACCUUCCUGGCCCUACCUGCUGGAACGUUCUUCCUCGUCUCGCUGGAUGAUGCGAACGGCGCCUCCACUGGUCUAGUCUCCCAAAUAACAAGAGUCGGCGCCUUCAAUGACACGUCCUGUCUGCGCAACGAAUCGCAGGAGACUACUCGAUUAUUCUCCAUCGAGGAUACUGUGUCUCAAUGUGAGCCCUUCAACGUCACUUUCAGUACUUCACAAGUCUCGGGCACACCCUCUAUCCGUGCAUUCAUUCCCGGAGGUGAGACAUUCUACGUCAACCAAACAUCAAGCCAGCAUGCGCAGGGCACCGCUUCCUACACCAUGGAUGCUCUCCAUGGGACGAAGCUUGCCUUUGUCAUCAGCGAUGGGAGUGGGCACGAGACAGCGACCGGUCUUUUUACCGUGGGUGGUAACUCGCAAAGCAGCGGGACUUGCAUCUCUUCGCAGUCUACUUCAACGUAUACGACGAGCGCGACUAGUUCGGCGAACAUGACAGCCUCCGCCAGUCCCAGCACAAGCGCCACCUCGAUGGAGCUUAUGACCAAGAACAAGGGAUUGUCCCAGGGUGCUAUCAUUGCCAUCGCAGUAGCCUCCGUUGUUAUCGUGGUGGUCAUUCUCCUCGCAAUGGCACUUUGGCUCCUGUAUGCGCGUCGCAAGGUGCGGGAGGCUUCUGCUUCGAAUGCAGAACAAGGAUAUUCCGGCUUCCCACGUCUGUCCUCUGAGAAGUCGUUCACUAUACGGUCAGGCCUUCCUCCGACGACUGCGCCGUCAUGGAAUUUGCGUGAAUCGACGUAUUCGCAGGCCAGCGCACCGAGCGAGAAAGGGACGGUCAUUCGCAAUCCGCUGUACACGAACUCGAAGUUAUGGCUCUCCUCUCCAACCUCGCCAGGCUCGUCCGAGGCCCGCUCCACCAGAACCAUCUCCACUAGGACCGGUCGUAGCCAGAACUCUCCAAAUUCGUCCAGGGUCGCGUCGCCGUCUUCAGCCUCACCGCCGCGCAUCAUCGACGUCUCCGGCGCCUCACAGCGGACGCCCACCGUCGUCUCGCCUUCGCACACCGCCCAGAGCGUGCGCUGGUCACGCGGCGUGCAGCGGGUGCUGCCCAGUUCGCCCACAGCGACCAUCUCCACCCUCGACGUCGAGUACAUGAUGGACGUCGCCGAGCGCUACGCGCCCACGGACGGCAGCGACCCCGCCGUCCCGCCGCUCCCGCAGUCCGCGCUCAUCGCGCAGGAGACAUAUCGCAACAGCGCGUACCUCGCGGGCAAAGAGUCUGCAUACAUCGCGCUCCCCUCCCGUGCGGCCCCGGUCGCGAUGCACAUACGGUCGCCGACACUUGCGUCGCUCCGCACGAUGCCCUCGCUCAGCCACCUACGCUCGCCGAGCUCAGUGGUCUACCGCGAGCCGCCGCAGGCGGGCGUGCCCUCAUCCCCGCUGCCCUCGCCGCUGCCCUCGCCACUGUGA